GUCUUAGAAUACGAAAACAUAAAAAAUAAAGGUUAGAAGUUGAAGGGCAACAGACAUAAAGUAUGUUGAACUUUAAGGUCUAAUCAGGCUCUUGAAAAAGUGAACAUUGAACUGAUCUCUCCAAGAGCUAGAUGCUGCUGCAUGACAACUGUAAUUAACGGUGCAGACUGAUUUCAAACUAAGAGUCUCAGACGUAACCUGGAGGAUAGGAUACAGACUAGAUGUAUCGCGCAGCAGAAAUGAAUGAUGCAUGACUGAAAACAACGUGCAUGAUAAACUUUAGAUAUAUGUGUUGUUGAUGGAGAUGCAGAUAUUCUAUUUGCAGGGCUCAGACCCAAAUUAAUUCAUAGUGCUGAUUAUAUUUAAGAUAUAGCAGAUAAGGAACAUUUUCAAAUGAAAUCAGCAUCAUAUGCACUACUUUUAGUAUGUAUUUUUCAGUAAAACUAGAUGCGUAAAGCCAGAAAAGACCCUCAGAUGCUGAAGUCAGUAUUGAUCUUGAGACACGGGCGAAUGGUAGGACUGUAUGGCAACCUCACCACAUUAGGCUUGACAGUCAUUAGAAAACAUGUUGAAAAUGUUCCAACAAAACUCUAGCUAUGUAGGAGAGAUGAAGUGGUAGAGCAAGUACAUUGCACAUGAUAAACUUGAUGGAGCUUACUACUCCAAAUGGUUAAAGCUUGAUAUAGGUAGAAGCAUAGGCAAAAAAGAACAAAAGUUCUUGUCUCACAUAACACAAACAACCAAAACUUGUAACAUUCAUUGAAUACAGGAUGGAAUACCGAGUAUACGGCGUGUAAGUGUUUAUAAAAACAUGCGCAAAAGUAUUUACACACUGUGGCAAAAUGUAAAUAAACCUAAAAUUACACCUGCUAUUCCUGGUAAAGCUCCUAAUAUAUAAUGCCUCAACCACAAGAAAACUGCUAUUUAUUGGAAAAUUGUAAAAAAUAUCUUUUAAAUCUUUCUCUCCUAUUGAUGAGCAACAUGUCUUGUAAUAAUUAUGAAACCUCACUUCGAUCAACCAGCUAAAGCAGCCUCAUCUUUUCACUAAAUUUAGUACUUGUUUGGUACAACUCCAAAAAGGCACAAAGACCAUUCUUUUUCACAAAUGAAACGAUUCCUAUGAUUAUAUUCCUCUAUGCAUUAUGUUCCUAUAUAAGUAACUCAUUCCAUACAGCUCUAAUUAAAGAGCCAGCUUCACACCUCCAUUCCACGUUAAACCUGUUAUAGUCAUAAUCAUAAGACACCAAUGAUGGGGCCAGAAAACUCAGAGAAACCUACCAUUCUUAUAAGGGGGUGGUUGUGGUUUAGAGAUAUUCCAUCUAAGCCACUAGCUACAAUACGUGGAGUAGCUAGGCAAGCAAUAGAGCUAGCAAAGGACGAUCCAAGAAGAUUGAUCCAUUCCCUCAAGGUCGGACUUACAGUAACAUUAGUAUCAUUGUUGUACUACCUCCAGCCCCUGUACAACAACCUUGGUGCCUCUGCAAUGUGGGCUGUCAUGACCGUGGUGGUUGUCUUUGAAUUCUCAGUAGGCGGAACAAUUGGAAAAUGCCUGAACAGAGGAUUAGCAACCUUGGCAGCUGCUACUCUUGCUCUUGGAGCUAAUCACUUGGCCAUCUUGAGUGGGGGGGAAAACAAACCAUAUUUGAUUGGACUAUUUGUAUUCAUACAAGCUGUAGCCAUGAGCUUUGUACGAUUCUUCCCCAAAGUGAAGGCGAAAUAUGACUAUGGGAUACUUAUAUUCAUUUUGACAUUUAGCCUUGUUUCCAUAUCUGGUCUUCGAAUGAAUGAAGUCAUAAAGUUGGCUCAAGCGAGGCUUGUAACCAUAGUCAUUGGUGCAUUAACUUGCCUGGCUGUCUGCAUCCUCAUCUACCCUGUCUGGGCCGGUGAAGAUCUUCACACGUAUGUGGCUAAAAACAUAAGCCAACUUGGAAAUUUCCUGGAAGAGCACAUGGAUCAGUGUUUCAAAACAUCGUGCAAUGCACGGAUAGAGAUAACAAACCCAUCUAUAAGCAACCUAAACAGUAUCCUUGUUGAUUCAAAAGGAAGGGACGAAACAUUGGCAAAUCUAGCCAGAUGGGAGCCGGGGCAUGGUCAGUUCUUGUUUCGCCACCCAUGGAAACAAUACCUCAAAAUAGGAAACUUGACAAGGCAGUGUGCCUGCCGACUUGAACCAAUCAAUGGCUACUUAAACUCCAACAUUCAAGCACCGCAAGAGAUCCAAUGCAAAAUCCAAGAGGCCUUUUCAGAAUCUGGAAAGGCAUUAAAAGAGUUAGCAUGGGCAAUAGAAACAAUGACGAAACCAUCAUCAGCUAAUCCACGCAUCGCAAACCUAAAAACGGCGUCGGCAAAUCUAAAAAUUCUACUGCGAUUGGGUAUUAAGGGAGAUGAAAGCGAUAUUUUGCAAAUAAUACCUAUUGCCGAGGUGAUGAUCGAUAUGGUUUCUAGCGUGGAACAGAUUGGUGAUGCGGUUAACGAGCUCAGUGUGAUGGCGAAAUUCAAGAGCAAAAAUGGAAAUGGAGUUGAAGGUGAGUCGGAGAUCGGUCUCGACAAGAACUGUAUAGAGAUUGGAAUGGCGGAAAUUCCGAGCUUAAGUGUUGCGAUUGAUGAACGAACUGAAGAAUUUUCUGCUGAUGAACAGAUUUUGAUUUGAUGGUAUUUUAAAAAGAUAUAGUACUAGAAAUUUUUUACCGUUGUCUUGUCGAAAAUGAUCAAAUACUGUAAAUUAUAAUUAAUGAUAAUUUUCUUAUUCUCAUGUCCA